UUUUAACAUUUUUUGUCAAUAGGCAAGGGCAGGUGAGAGGCACCGAACUGCGUCUCAAAACACAGAGAACACAGAAUCACGGGCCGAUAUAGAACGGGUACAAACUCUCGAAGCCCGUUUAAAAGCUCUUGAACAGAGUAACCCUGUAGCCAGACCCAUAUCAGCAUUACGAUGGACACGGGACCAAGUUCUGGGUAUAAAGUUUUCACGAUACAUCUUGUCAGACCGUAUCGAGAUCCAUCGCGUUGCAACUGAAUUGGACGUCAUGGAUGUGAUUGCGGGUGGGAAGGUGGAGUUGAUGGGAUGGUGUCUUGUUCGUCCUUUUGAAAAGUGUCCACCCGUUUUGUGUAAGAACCCGAUGCCGUUUUCGGUGUACAUGCAGCACCCCCUUUUUCAAGCGGAUUGUGAGAUCCUAAAGGCGCAUUACAAGUGUACGAGUCCUGUACUUGUUGGACAAUUGUUGUACCAUAUCCCGCAUGUUGGAAUGGUUGUGCAUCCUGCGCUAGUCGUGUCUUACUCCAGGUGCGUUGGAGGGGUGUUUGAACAAUGUGUAAAGCAGUGCCUUGAUAUGUAUGUACCGCCUGAUGGUGUACUACGAUCGUGGACUCGAAAUAUCACCACGGGUGACAAAAAAGAGAUGACGUCGGAACAGUCGAAACAGCCGGACCAGCUCAAGGAUACGAUUAUUGAUCUCAUGAACGAACACUUGGAAAAAAAUUUUGGAGAAGAAAUCAAAAAGUACGUGGCGCAUCAGGUCUCGCAGUGUAUAGCCGACCGUUUGAACAGGCACGAACAAAACUGCAAUGCCCUUGAAGAAACCUUACACGCCACCAUUGAAAAAGAGAUUCAAAAAGGGAUCAAAUUGACGGGUACGAAAAUGGCGAGGGUUGUGAAAGAAUUUGAAGGGGGUACACGAAAGGAGUUGUUUGACCGGUAUCAAUCGAUCCAGCAAGGUGUCUUUCAUCUUUCUGAUCGUGUAAAAAUCCUUGAGGAAGCGCGAACCAUGAUGGAUCUCGAAUGGUUGUCUCUAGCCACUUGGCGAGAGGAUACACAAUCCCGACUUCAAGCCCAUGGCGACCGUUUAUCGUCUCUUUCCUCGUCGCAAACAAUGACCACUACGACGCUGGAUGCGCUUUCCCAGUCAUGUACUACCCAUCAAGCAGAGAACACCCGUACACUCGACAAACUCCAAACCACCGUCUUUCCUGCACUAGAUCUCCUUCGCACCCGACUUGACACCCUAGAAGCCCAACAUGGGAACCACACAAUCACUGAUAUGGAAAAAAUGGAACAACGACUGGAUAGAUUGGAGAAAUCAGUAUCAGAUGACACUGAACUAAAACAAGAGAUUAUUGAACUCAUCAACGAGAUGCAGGCGCGUGUUGUGGAUUUGGUUUACGAAAAAGUUGAGCCGGUUGUAUUGAGGUUUGUUGAACAGAUUGUGCAAGGUGAGAGUGUGCAAAGUGGUGGUGAACAGUCGAGUGAAAAGGCUAGAUUAGAAAAACGGAAAAAGGAUGUUGAGGAUGAUUCUCAAAGUGGUGGUGAAAAGUCGAGUGAGAAGGCCAGAUUAGAAAAGCGGAAAAAGGAUAUAGAAGGUGAUUCUCAAAGUGGUGGUGACAAGUCGAACGAAAAAGCCAGAUUAGAAAAACGGAAAAAGGAAGCAGAAGGACGGAAAAAAGUAGAGGAUGGAAAGAAACGGGUGUCGCCUACUCAAAAAUCGAGGUUGAAUACGUUGUGAUGAUAUUAUGAUCGUAUUUUUUUUUGCCUAUUUGGUUGGUUUUGUUUUGGUUGUUUUGUAUUAUUUGUAUGUUUGGAGGGUUGUGGAUAGGGACUGAUUGUAAAUGUAGAAUAUUUUAUUGGUUAUGUUGGG